GUAACACAAGAAACCUACGAUGAAACCCUUGGUUCUAUUCGCGAUGCUGUCAAACAGCGUACUCUGCGUCGACAUUGUGGAAGGAACUCUUCGAAAUGUCCUUAUGUUCUUUCUAACAUUGCAAUCCCCACUUCCAAGGAUCUGGUAAAUAGCCCCGUGUUAGGGUUUCAAGUGGACGAUAAAUCUGCGUACGCUCUAAAAUCAAUGACGGAGUUUUUGAAUACCUGUCCUCCUGCACUUCCUCCACCGCCAUUAACUGGGACGUGGAUUGUGACGUAUGCAAGUAAAAAGUGGCUACAAACAACGAUGGCCGACCUUGACGAAGUUAUUGAUCUUCUCGCAUCUAAUCAGAAUGUGCCAGGGACCAAACCACUGAGUUCUAUAUUCCGUACAGCUGUGCCUGUUUCCUGUCUGAAACUGGAAUUUGCAACACAAAGCAACGAUGUGAGGUCAUCAUUCGAAAUUUCGUACUUGAAAAACAGCAAGAAGUCUUCACCUAAUUGGACAGCUAGCGAGGAUUCCGGACAAAUCACUGCAUAUGAUAUUCCUCCCUUCCUUGAGUACUUACAUGGAUACGUGAAACUUUCAGUGAUCGUCGUAUACACUACUGCAACCGUUGACGCAACUCCGUUGGAUGUAAUGGUGCUUAGCGAGACAAGCGCUUUCCCAAAAUGCGACAAUUUUUUGGUCCUGCAACGAUCGCAGCAGUCAUCUCGGAUCUAUCAAAUUGUUACAGCUAUGGGAGCAAAUUUCCCGUCCAAUCCGCUUCAAGAGAUCCAGUGUGAGAUGAGCGGUGACGAGAAGGUAGCGAUUAGGCCA